AUGGGUGCUUCUGGUUCAAAGAAUUUGGAUCCGAAAGAGUGGAAAACGCUUACGUUGUAUAUCCUCACCAACCUUCAAGAAGUGCGGCCGUACAUUGAUGAAUUCAUUGCCCAAUUCUCGAAUGGAGGGGUCGGACGUGAUUCACUCGAAGAGUAUGAGCUUCUUGCUGGUGAAGGAGACGGCAAUUAUGGUUUCAUUUCUUGGUUCAGAGAAAAGGGUACGUCAAUAUUGGACAAAGAGUUGAAACAAGUUGCUAAUGGGUUUGACUAUAAGGAUUUCUAUAGAUGCGAGGAUGGAAAGUUGGAGGAGGCACGAGCAGUUGUCAACAAACAUUGCCCGAAGCUUGUGCAUAAUCUGAUGCAUGAGGCGCGCCCUUUAGCCGUCCGCAAAUAUAUGGCAACUCAAGGCUAUAAGAGUCUUGAUAAGAAAGCCGGUAGGAGACUCCGUCUUGAGAAGGACAAGUACAUGGAGGUUACUCCGAGAUGGUGCGUCGAUAAGGGGGAGUGUUGGGAGCGGAUCGUGGACUAUUGGUGUUCCAAAGAGUACAGGGCGAAAAACAAAGAUUAUAGAAAUCGGCGAGCCGCAAUGCUGGAUCCACCACAUCAUCAAGGCAACUUGAACGUUAUGGAGUUCGGUGAACGUUGGGCGUCUCACCAUAAUGCUCCACUGCCCAACCUUUUCGUCUCGUAUGCUUUGGCCCAUAAGGCACCGUACAGAACAGCCACGCCUUACGAUGAGAAUGACACAGCGUCCGCGUACUCCAGCAAGACCGCCUACGAUCGGAUGGAGAAAUUUAAAGGGAUGGCAAAAGAGUUGAAAGGGUGUCACAUCCUAACUAGUCCAUGCAUUAGAGUGUUGCAUCAUGUCUAA